AUGGAGAACUCUAACGAGGUUUCGUUAGAAUCUGAAUUAACUGAUCUUGUAGAUGAUGCUGUUGACUACAGAGGACAGCCAGCCGUUAGAUCCAAAUCUGGUUAUUGGAGAUCCGCUUGGUUCAUCAUAGGUGUGGAAGUAUCAGAAAGAAUGUCAUUUUAUGGAAUUCAAGGGAAUUUGAUAUCAUAUCUAACUGGACCACUCAAACAGACCACUGCUUCAGCUGCUAAAAAUGUGAAUAUCUGGGCUGGAACAGCUUCUCUUCUUCCUCUCUUAGGUGCUUUCGUCGCUGACUCUUUUCUCGGACGAUACCGCACAAUCAUAAUCGCUUCUCUCAUCUAUAUCUUGGGACUUGGCUUGUUAGCAUUAUCAGCUAAGCUUACUUCCCUCACCAAAUCUAAAUGCCAAGUUGAUACUAAAUUCAUAUUAUGCUCCCAACAUUCACAAGUUAUCUUAUUCUUCAUCUCACUUUAUCUUGUUGCCAUUGGACAAGGUGGACAUAAACCCUGUGUUCAAGCUUUCGGUGCGGAUCAGUUCGAUGAAAAACAUUCGAAAGAACACAAAGCUAGAAGCUCGUUCUUUAAUUGGUGGUUUUUUACAAUGGUUGCAGGUUGCGCAGCAACACUCGCAAUCUUGAAUUAUAUACAAGAUAACUAUAGUUGGGUUCUUGGAUUUGGAAUCCCUUGUGUCGUAAUGAUAGUUGGUUUGCUUGUUUUCUUGCUUGGAACAAUGACAUAUAGGUUUAACAUUAAGGAUAAUGGCAAGAGUCCUUUUCUUAGAAUCUGUCGUGUAUUUGUCGCAGCUAUAAGAAAUUGGCGAAACACCUUACCAAGCACAUAUAUUGAAGAGGAAUGUGAAGGAAUGCUUCAUCAUCAAAGUUCUGAUCAAUUCAACUUCCUCAACAAGGCAUUGUUAACACCAAAGGGAUCUAAACAAGAAAACAAUUGUAACAUUAGCGAGGUUGAAGAAGCAAAGGCAAUACUAAGGUUGGUUCCAAUUUGGGCUACAUCUUUAGUUUACGGUAUUGUUUUUGCUCAAGUUUUUACAUUCUUCACCAAGCAAGGAAAAUCUAUGGAGAGAACAAUAUUUCCCGGUUUCGACAUACCCCCAGCUUCACUUCAAACGGUUAACAGUCUCGCCGUUGUUCUCUUCAGUCCUAUCUACGACCGCAUAUUUGUUCCAAUAGCACGAGCUAUCACCGGAAAACCAUCAGGCAUCACAAUGCUUCAAAGAAUCGGAACUGGAAUUUUUAUAUCCAUAUUCAUAGUGGUAUUUGCGGCAUUUGUUGAGAUUAAAAGACUAAAAAUAGCACAAGAGUAUGGCCUUGUUGAUGAUCCAAAUGCAAUUGUUCCAAUGAGUAUAUGGUGGUUGAUUCCUCAAUACUUUUUGUUUGGAAUUUCAGAGGUUUUUACUAUGGUUGGUCUUCAAGAAUUUUUCUAUGAUCAAGUCCCAAAUGAACUAAGAAGCAUGGGACUUGCACUCUACUUGAGUAUUGUUGGUGUUGGAAGCUUUCUUAGUAGCUUUCUCAUUUCUAUGAUUGAAAAUCUUAGUAGCAAAAAUGGUGAUGAAAGUUGGUUUUGUGAUAAUAUCAAUAAGGCACAUCUUGAUUAUUUUUACUGGCUACUUUCUGGAUUAAGUGUGAUGGGAUUUACUUUCUUCAUUUAUUUUUCUAAAUCUUAUGUUUAUAAUUACAAAGGUACCAUCAAGAUAGUCAAUCGUUAG